AAAUUAAAUAAACAUUUAGGAAAAUACAACUAAGUAAAAACAAUAAAAAACGGCAAAACGAAAAAGAAACAAAUUGACGGUUGAGAUUAUUUUUAAAAUUUUCUUAAACAAAACGACAAAAAACACGCACAGUUCAACAAUAAACUCGGCAUUUUCAAAGUGUGUGGCGCGUAAAAAAUAAUAAAACUCAAAGUCGAAAAAAAUAAAGAAAAUCAAGAAAAUAGUAAAUUUUCAUCAAUAAAACAACAACAAUAGAAAUAACAUGGCUUGUUCAACGAAAACAUUAAAAGUUUUUGCACUUCUAUGGGAUUUUCUUUAUACAAUCCUUUCUUUAGCCGUUGUUGGUAUUGGAAUUUAUAUAUUAUUUAAAUUUGAUUUUGAUACCGCCGCUUAUGUCAUAAUCGGUUUGGGUGUAAUUGUUACUUUGUGCUCUGUUUUUGGAAUAUUGGGUGCGGUACGUGAAAGUAGUCGUCUGUCAAAAUGUUUUGUAGCAUUUGUAAUUGUUUUGGCCAUACUACAUGUUUUGAUCGUUGGCUUCUUUUGGAUAUUCCAAACAUCAUUAUUGAUCAAUGUGGACAAAACAUUCGACAAAUUAUGGAACAAUCAAGUCGUGCCAAUUAGACCAGGAAAUAAUACAGCACAUAUUGCUAGUUUGGAACGUUGGCUCGAGUGCUGUGGUAAUGCUGGUUCCAGUGAUUAUGUUUUAGCUCCCCAUAGUUGUUAUAACAGUGAAACUGAUAAACUUAAUAUGGAUGGCUGCCGGCAAAAGUUCCUUGAUUAUAUUGCCGAUCGUUGGACCAUCUUUAAUAUUUUCGCUCUUGUUUUAGUUGUAGUAGAGUUAAUUUGUGCGGCAUUUGCUUAUGUUUUGGCCAAUAGUAUUGUAAAUCGCUGGCGCCGUUCAAAAUACUACACAAAAUAAAUUUUUAAAAUCUUCUCUUCUUAACCUUAAUCAUCGUCAACAGCAUGAUGACCAUCAAUGUCUUUUGAUGAUUAAAAUGUGUGUGUGAUCGUGGGUUUAGUUUUUUUUAGCAUUCUUGGGAAUAAACAAUUGAAAAUUGUCCCAAAUCUCGAUAGUAGACCAAAGAUGAAUGAUUUGAAUUCCCGAUUAUUUUUUUUUAAUUUUAUUUUUUUUCUUAUUAAACGAUUUUCCUCAUCGUAUUUUUUAUUCGGUUGCAGUAAAUAAAUAUUUGAUAAAAAAAGUUUCAUUCUAUUUGUUUUUACUAGUCUACCUCAUAUCUCAAUCUCUAACAUUUAUUAUUUUGCUCACAAUUUUCUUCAAUAAUUCUAAAUAAAAAAAAAUUAUUAAAAAAAUGUGCCAAAACUAUAAAACAUACAAUGUUUAGUUGAAGCAAUAAAUUAUUAUUUUGUUAAACAAAUUGUUUCAUUUCAUUCACAAAAAAUUAAUUGUAUCGAUCAAUGCAAAUGUUGUUCAUAGUUUUUUUUUAAGUAAUGUUUAUAAUAAUAGCGAAUAGUUUUGAAAUAAGUCAUGCAAAUAGUUUGUACUUUUAACACCUACAAAUAAUAAAAAGCUCAAUUGUUUUUCAUAAUAAAAAUUAUAAUUUAUUAAUAAUUUUCAAUAUAAAUAUUUGAAGUAACUUAUUAAAUAAUAAUUAUUAACAUUUUUAAAUUGUAUGUAUGUAUUUACUAUGUAGUUGCAUAAAACUGUUAAUUUUUAAGUUGAAUGACGCUUAAUUAUACUUUUUAAUGUUUGCUUUAGAUUAAUUAUAAUUAAUAUAUUUAAAAGAAAUAUUUAAAUAUUAUAUAAUAUAUAUUAAUGCAUUUACAAAAGCAUUAAGCUAAACGAACGAUAUAAAUUUGCGAAAAUUUAUUAAAUUUUAAUUUACAAAAAAUUAAAAC